GUGAAUAAGAAUAACUUACCUUAUUCUCUUAUAACCUUAAAAUUGAAGUAAAGUACUCAGUAGAAAGACUAGACUGUGAUAAACUAUACCAUAUUUCAUUUAUCACUUUACUUCAUACCUUAUUAGUACUGUAAAUAAUAAAUAUUUGUGAUAAGCUUUGAAACAAUCAAUCAAAAUGGCAUUUACCUGGUGCUCGGACUAUCCAGACCUGCAACUAGUCUGCAGGGCACAUGGUCGCUUUGAACUCAGCGACCCAGAUCGCUAUUGUAUCAAGAUCAUCCCUAGUGUCACCCAACAAGGCCCACAAUGCGGACUUGUCGCCUUGGCAAUGUGCACUGCCACCCCGUCAAAAGAAAAAGUAGCGGAGAUAUUCACCUAUGCCAAUAAGGAAGGGAUGACUAACCUUGGUGAGAUGUUCAGUGUGGACUACAUGUACUCACUGGCAAUGAGGUUCAUCCCUGAGAGUACAAUCGAGAUACACGCCGGGUCUUUGAACGUACCAAAACUCGUUGAUUUUCUUAUGUCUGGCGGUACAUUAUUAGUACCCUAUGAUUGCGACAAAAACCACACGCCAAUCAUGAAGGGUGGGUUUAAAGCGCACUGGGCAAUAGUUUUCGGGAUCGUAGAGAGCUAUGCGGGGUUGUUUGUAAUUGCGAAACAAGGGAAGAGUUUGAAUGUUCAUAUUUGGGACUUAGAGGAACUAUCACAGAGUAAUCAACAGUUGAGGGAGUACGAGAAUGAGAAAAGUGAGUUCGGGUUCAAAUACGUCAUGCCGGAGGGUGGAAUGGGAGGGUUAAAUGGAUUGUGUAAUCGUUGUGUUAUGAUUUAUCCUAAUGAAACGACCAAGUGUUAUACUUCUGUGGGUAAUUCAUGACAGGUUCCUUAUUAUAACGAUUCAAUGAUAUUUUAAUACUAAAAUUUAUGUUGUAUUUAUUUAUUAUGUUAUAUAUGAGUUUAUUUAUAAAAAAUAAAGCUUUAAUGUAAAAAUUUUAA